UUGACGACACACAAACACAUCACACCUACAACACAAUGUCGUCGGCAUUCAAGGCGACCCAGAAGAUCCAGAAGGGCAAGAAGCGUGCCCGCGGCGACGAGGACGCCGAGGCGGCCGCCGGGCCGUCGACCGUCGUCGAGAAGAAGCGCAAGGACAAGGUCCUCAUGCUGUCGUCGCGCGGCGUGACGCAGCGCAUGAGGCAUCUGCUGCUCGACCUCGAGACGCUGCUUCCGCACGUCAAGAAGGACUCCAAGCUCGACUCCAAGUCGUCGCUGCACCUCGUCAACGAGCUCGCCGACCUCCACUCGUGCAACAAUGCGCUCUACUUUGAGGCGCGCCGCCACGAGGACCUGUACAUGUGGGCGUCUCGCACGCCCAACGGACCGUCGGUCAAGUGCCACGUGCAGAACAUCCACACCAUGGACGAGCUCAAGAUGACGGGCAACUGCUUGAAGGGGUCGCGUGGCCUGUGUGUGUUUGACGGCGAGUGGGACACCAAGGAGGAGUGGAAGCUGCUCAAGGAGAUGUUCUCGCAUAUCUUCUCGGUUCCUCGCACGUCGCGCCGCCUGAAACCCUUCAUCGACCACAUCCUCGUCUUCUCCAUCCUGGACAACAAGAUCUGGUUCCGCAACUACCAGAUCAUCGAAAAGGACCCCCUGCACCCCUCUGGCCCGCCCCAGACGUCGCUCGUCGAGAUUGGCCCCCGCUUCGUCCUCACCCCGAUCCGCAUCUUCGAGGGCUCGUUUGGCGGCCCCACCGUGUUCGCCAACCAGGAGUUUGUCUCGCCCGCCGCCACGCGCGCGAGCUACAAGCGCGAGGCGGGACAAAAGUACCGCGUGCGCAAGGCCGACGAGGAGGAGCGCGACGGCAGGAGGCAGCGUAUCCUCGAGGACCUGCCCGAGGACGAGCUCGCGCGCGACAAGGUGUUUGCUUAGAUGUGGGCGGGGAUUGUUGUGGCUUCUUAUGCAUGUUAUGGGUGUGUGGGUGCGGGUGUGGGCGUGGGCGUGGGCGU